AUGUCAACCAACCCCGAAUCAUCUUCUGGCUCGGCAGCAGCAGCAACAAUGGCCAACGACAAGAACUCCCCAGAGAUCACCGAAGCCGAAUCCAGCCAAACGAAGACGAGCCGAUUUUUUUCAAAGGUGAAAAAGGCCCUCAAGUCAACACCCAACGAGCGGUGGAAGCAGAUGGAGGCGCAGCGCCCACCGCGGCGCGACAGCGAUGAGUGGUCGUACAUGACGGACCCUGAGGACUCGACCAAGCGGGUCAAGAAGCGCAAGAAGAAGAUGGUCACGUACAACGCAUACCAUACGCAGGGCUAUGAGGACUACUGGUCGGGCAAAUUGGGAAGGUUUUGA